AUGUGGCCCAACAGGUCGUAUGCAAAUGCGGUCAAAUCGGUGCCAAAUCAGCCACAACUGCAACCGAGCGCUCAGACGAUAUCAUCGGUGGACACGAAUCAGCUCUAUAUGGCCGCCAACUCUUUGCGGACACUCUUCGGCGAUAAUAUGAACCAAAAUGUCCUCCAAUCGAUCGGAACCAAUCAUUCGGACAACAGUUACGGCCAAAUGUCUGGUCAAAGACCUCCCGAGCGACGGGUCGUGGACUCGAGUCCACACUUUUCCCGUUUAGACCGAAACCUAUUGAAUCAAAUGCCACACAAUUCGGCCAAAACGUCGCCUCCUCUCAGACCCGCGGAGAACCAUUUCUACGAUCCAAACAAAAUGCCGCAAAAGUCUAUACUGAAGAAGAGUAAGGAUCAGCUAUACGUCGAAAAUACUACAUUCAAUACCGUCGAUGACGAAGACCUAUACAUUUACGGCUCGACCACCGCAUCGGAUGUGAAUUCUGGAGCGUAUCAGUCAAGGGGUCCACCAAUGGAGCCGACGAGCACUGCGACCGUUGAACGGGUUUUGUCACCCAUUUCUCUGAGACUCAAACAAGAGAUGGAAAAUAUGGACAAAAGUCAGAGCAGUUCUAAUCUAAGAGAUGACAGCCGUUGGACGCCAAACGUUGGCAACAGUUUAUAUGAUCAGCAAAAGCGCCAAAACGAUUGGGCAGAAGAGGAGGAGAUGUAUAAAAGGAAAUACAGACAACUCCGGAAUCCGAGUCCCACUCCCGAAGACUCUCUCGACGUGGAAAGAGUGCGAAUCCAACAAAUGGCUGCCAUUCACGCGGGAAUACUUCAAUCGCCGGAACGACUCCCGAAGAGCAGUCGACGAUUAUCUCCCGAAUCGAGUCCUAAGCGUAUGCGUAGAAGAAGUCCAUCACUUAGUCCGAGACGGCGCUCACCGAUAAGUCCUCGUCGACGGUCUAUAAGCCCGCGGCGGAGGUCUAUAUCUCCGCGUUAUAGAGACCGUCGUCGGAGCAGAAGUCGGAGCCGAGAGAGGUAUUUGCGAAGUCGUAGUCCUAGUGAUAGCAGAGGUCGACGAAGAAGUCGUACACCAGAGAGACGCCUGAGUCCGCGUCCAGUGGACAGACACCCGAAUCCAAUGCCCGGAUACCAAACUCUUAUGAAUCCUAUGGCAGUAAUGCAUCCAAUGGGAGCCCAGGCAUGGAGUGCUCCGCCUAUCCAUCAAAUGACUGCGUGGCCACAACCGGAGAUAAUAUACGAACCUAUCAUACCUUCAAAAGGAUCUCAAAUUAAUUCAAUGAAAUCAUCAAAACCGGUGCCGAGAAAGAGCUUAUCAUCCAAUCUAUUGAAAGUACCGAUCGCUAGAUCUCCCGCUCAGUCCUCUCCCAAGAAAGUGAUUGACAAAAAGGACGACAAACUGAUUAAUCCAUACGACCUUUUAUUAGCGGAAAGGACUAAACUUCGGGAAGAGAUGAACAGAUAUAACAAGUAUUACGAACAGAAAGUUGAGGACCAGAACCUGAUUGUGGCCAAAGACGGCGGAACCGAUAGUUACGCGUACAGACAACUCGAUAAAACGCUUAAAGAGUUGCGAACGACAAUGGAAUCAACGAAACAGAAGUUAGCGAAAAACUCUCAACUCAUGGAUGAGAUCCAGAAGUCCAAAGCGAAGGCAAAAGACUUUUUGGAGAAAAUCAAAACCACUGGCGAUAUAUCGAAAGUGGAGACCAAGAAGAAGGGAAUCGCUGUUAAGGCAAAAACACCGCCGAAGAAAUCGACCACAAGUGCGGACAAAAAGUCGCCGCAAAAGAAGGGCAAAGACGCGGAAGUGAUUGUCAUCGAAGACGACGACGAGGAAGAGGAACGCAACUCUCGUUUUCAUUACUUCGAUUCGGGUCCGCAUUGGUGUAAAUGUUGCGACAAAUUCCACGACAAUAUGAAACAAUACUUCCAACACAUCCACUCCAAAGACCACUUAACCAAACAGAGUGUGUCUGAGAGGACGCCGUGGGUUACGAAGGAUUACAUCCGCUCUUUUGAUAAAAUUAUGUCCAAAUCAAAGGAUAACAAACUGAUCGUCGCCUCUAAAGGCAUUCAGUUCAUUCAACCGACGCAAGGAUUUUACUGUGAGUUAUGCAAAGAGUUUCUCAAGGAUUCAUAUGAAGGCGAGCGGCACUUCAAGUCCGCCAAACACAACAGGAGUUAUACACGCUACACAUUAGAGCACAACGACUAUGAAUUCAAAUGGAAGUCCGAAAGAGACAAAGCGUUCACACAAUUGAAGCGAAAGGAAAGGGAACUCGAAAGAGAAAAGUUGGACAAAGAGUUGGAGGAAAAGGCGAACAAACGGAGGAAAUUAGAGGAUGAGGUGAAGCGCAAGGAUAAGGAGGUGAAGGACAGGAUUGAGGCCAUGAAUAAGGGUUUGAAAAAUGUCAAAGAAUUGGAGGACUCGAAGGCCGCCGACGAGAAUAAUGCCGAUAUGACGGCCACUUCGCCCCGAAUUAAGCUUAAUUUGAGCGCUAAUAAGACUGAAGACUCCGGCGAUAAGCCGAAGAACGCCGAGAAGACUGAUCCCAAGAGUAGUAAAUCUAAUGAUAAGUCGAAAAGUCCUGAUAAACCGACUAAUAAGUCGUCAAAAGAUGUGCCCAAAACUCCUGAUAAAAUCGAAAAACCUAUCGAUAAGUCGAAAACACCGAUUAAAACGCCGUUAAAAGCAGACAAAUCAAGUGAUAAAUCUAAAACUCCCGUUAAAACUGAUAAAACUAUUGAUAAAAAUACUGACAAAACACACGUUAAGUCGAAAACGCCCGAAAAAACUGGCGAUAAAAGCGCCAAAAAGAGCGAAACCGAAACAAACGCGAAGAACGAAAACGUUAACAAAAUUCUUGCAAAGGAAGACACUAUCGAUGAGAUUGAAGACAUGUAUGUAAUCGAUGAAAUCAAUUGCGAAGAUAAUGCCGAAGAUAUCGAUGAAAAUCAAUUACUUGAAUUGGGAAGCGAUGGGUCGGACGCUAAGCGCGAAACUAAUACCGAAAAUGUUGUCGAAAUGACUGAUAUAUCUCUGGACUCAAAACAAAUAUCUGAAACCAAUAGCAAAUCAAAUAGUGAAACGAGUGGUAAUGCAAAGGAUGGCGGAGUUGUUGACGGAGUUGUUCCUCCCAUUGAGACGACUAAUGAUAAAGCGGUGGAAAAGGUUGAGACAAACAAUGUUUCAGAUGUGAUGGCGAAGGAAGCAAUUGUAGAGAACUCUGAAAGUGGAGACAAUUUGGAUAAACAAUUGAAAAACGAGUCAAAACUGGAUUUAAUGGAUGAGUCGAUUACAACUGAUAAACAGAAUUCAGAGUCCGUUCGCGCCCUUAAAACCACAAUAGAAAUCGCUGUCGAAUCUCAGGACAUAUCAGUCAAUCAAUGCGAUGAGAAAUUGAACCAAAAUUUGACGGAGAAAUUGAUUGAUACACAAGAAUUGAAGGGGAAUUCUGUUGGUUUGAGUGAAACGGAUCCAAAACUGGAUGAUAAACCCAAACAUGAACCAGAAGUUAAACCCGAAGAUAAACCCGAAGAUAAACCAGAGGACUCCAUUGAAGGCGAAGGCGAUGAUGAGGACGAGUUGGAAGGCUUUGAUGUGAUCGAUGAGACCAAUGAAUGA